GAGUUCAGAGUUGCGACGUUUAUACGGUGACAAAUAUAUAAGCCCUUUACCGCUACACACUUCUUCAUUUCAGCAUAUUUCUUCCUGAUCUCGAGUAAAAUUCACAGAUCAUCAGCGAAAGUAAUUAAUUCAGUACUACAAAGAUGGUUUGAAAACUACCAAAAGUAUAAUCAUAGCAAAAUUGAAGAGGUUGCGAAAGAAUUGGGUUUGAUGUACAAGAAUGUGAAGUACUUCACCUUCACCUCAAAGACACCUGUUCGCCUCGGCACGAUAAAGAAGAGAAAACCAAGCGCAUACAACAUAUUUAUUAAAGAUAAAAUGAAAACCAUGAAAGAUAAACCUCCUGGUGAACAAUUUCGGGCUUGUGCCAAGGAGUGGAAUGCCCUUUCUGCCAGGGCCAAAAAAGGCUACCAAGAUAAAAGGGAACUAUUGGACGUACGACCAACGAAUGAAAGGGAGAGGAUGGCCAGGGUAGAAUUUCUAUGGAGAAAAUUGGAUGAAGCUUGUCAAGAACUGGGGACUUACGGAACGGAUGUCUUCCUCCUUAGUUGAGACGUGAAGUCGGGGAAAGAUGUGGCCCUGGGCAAUGGGAAAGGAAAAGUCUUCCUGGGAAAGUGUCCCAGUAAUGUGACAAAUUUCCGUCUCCACUGUAGAUCUGAUGUAUUGUAUACCCAGGCUGCAGUUGGAACCAGCACUUUGGGUGAAACUGAAGACCUUGAAAAGAAGGUUGGAGAGGCCCUUAUAUUGCAUAUUGCGCUUCCACUGGUAGGGCUCGUUUCCCUUACAGCGAAUACCACAAAGGGAUUGUCACUGUUCAUGGCCUACCCGAUGGACUGCAAAUACCACGCUCUAUGGGGAGCAUGGGGAAGGCAAAGAUGGCAGAACUCCUGGCAGUGAUUACGAAUUUAAAGUUUGUGUUAAACAUGGUUGUUUAUGGCGUCACUGGUUUUGGUGGUCACCAACCAUUGGCUUCUUGGAGAAAUUGACACAGAAUAGUUUUUGUAUGGACAAAGCUUGUAAUUUUGGACAGCUAACUGCUACUUACAGUCCAUAUAUAGGAGUUUACAUGACUAAAGAGACAGAGAGACAAUAAACAAGAGCUGAGAUCAACUUGAUGAGCUGUCGUUGUCGUUGGUCUUUCGUUAUGACCUCUAGUAUGCCACAGGUACCGGUGAUGGAUGAUGAAGACACCCUCAGCAUAGAUGAAGAAGAAUCUCUACCAUUGACAAACACCAGUGAAGUUCAACCCAGUGGCAGUGCUACAGCCAUGCUCAAUUACCUUGCGGGAGGUGGGUUUGGAGUUGCUCCAGUUUUACCCUUGCCUAUGCCACGACCAGCAGUAUUUUCAAAGAAAUCUUCCAUUCGAGAUAACAAGGGCAGUGCGUUCAAGAAGUCGGUGAACCCAAGAGUCAGCAGGGAGGAGGAAUUGGGAGUUCGGAUGAAGAACACAAAAUCCAGGGUUGGCAUGAGAAAGAAGAAGUCAGCGAAACUGGAUGCAGACGAGCAAUUAAGCGAAGAUGUAGCCAAACUUGCAGCUUCGAACCAAGGUAUAGUCGAGAAGAUCUACAAGCACCGAAAAAAUAAGGGUGUUCUCGAAUAUCGAGUGAAGUGGGUUGGCUAUGACGGUCCACAAGAUGAUGCAUGGGAACCACUCCGCCACAUCACGAGUGAACACUCACAAGCCAUGCUGAGAGAUUAUCGGACUUCUUCAAGUGCCAAAUAAGCCAGUAUACAUGCAGACAUGACGAGUUGUUUAAUUAUGCGACAAUGUUACUGCACAAAAUCGCAUUUCAAAAUCAUUUGUGACAUGUACAUGUAAUAUUGUUUUCUGUAAAUA